GGUUGAAGGAAGCGGUGACAGGAAGGAAACGCUGGUGUGAGCUAUACUUUCAGAGAAACAGUUUGAUGUCACAUCACAAAGAGGUACAAUGGAUCCAACAAGUCUUCAACGCCUCGUCUUCCUCACCUCCCUGCUGAGCUGCUCCACUAACCAGGCUCGUCUGACGGUGACUCCCAGCAGCUCUCAGGUAUUUAGAGAUGAACCUGUCUCUCUGAGAUGUGAGGACGCCUCUGAUGGAUGGACUGUGAGGAGAAACACGAGCAUUGGUAACAGAGCUGAGUGUGGAGUCGGCUGGGGAAGACCUGCUGGUUCCUCCUGUAACGUCAGCCACAUGGACCCUUUGGACAGUGGAGGUUACUGGUGUGAGUCCACAGAGGGAUCCACCAGUAACACCAUCAGCAUCACCGUCUCUGGUGGAUCAGUGAUCCUGCAGAGUCCUGUCCUCCCUGUGAUGGAGGGAGAUGACGUCACUCUGACCUGUAGAACAAAGAUGGCCGCCCCCCCCCCUGCUAGUUUCUUCAAAGAUGGCGUCUUCAUUGGGACUGAGUCUGAUGGUCACAUGACCCUCCUCCAUGUCUCCAGGUCUAAUGAAGGCCUCUACAAGUGUAGAGUCCAGAAUAAAGGAGAGUCUGCAGAGAGCCGGCUGUCUGUCUCAGAAAAACCUCCUAUGACCACCACGAACACGCCUACCUCUUCUUCUUCCUCCUCGACCAUGAACGCGCCUACCUCUCUCUCCUCCCUCCACCUUGUGUUCAGGGUGCUCCGCCACCUGGUGGUUUUCUGCCCGUACUGCAUCUGCACUUACAUUGUGGUGUCUUUGUAUCGACAGAGAGCCAGAGGAAACGACCCGUCCGUCUCCGUGGCGAUGACCCCGCCCACCCACGCUGAGCAGGGAUUGGAUGAUGAUGUCAUGUCUGCUGUCACCACGGAGCAUCAGUUCUGAUCUGAUGUUAAAAGAGUCUGAACUCCUCCGUAGAUCAGAGACUCCACGUGUUGUAGUUCUUAUGGGUUGAUACGAUUACACAUGGUACUAUUAUAACUUGCACACCAUCUUUAAAUUGGUUCCAAAAGAUUGUUUGUGUUUGCUUAACAAAUAAUUCUGUGUUACUGAAAUAAAGUAUAUCUUGCAAAGAC